AUGCUAUCUCUGUUCAUUCUCUUCGGGACCCAACAGCGCCACACUCUCAGCCCUAUCUCCGAUCCUAAGCUCCGCCUCCACACGCUCUCCCUCCUCCGCCCCAGAAACAAACCCAAGCAUAAUCUCAACCCCACGCCCACCAACUGGAACACCACCCACACCUUCGUCCUCUCCAACCCCAUUCUCCUCCUCCUCGAGACCAAAUGCCGAUCCAUGCCCCACCUCAUGCAGAUCCACGCCCGCAUGACCGUCUCCGGACUCUCCUCCGACCCGCUCGCCUACAGCCGCCUCGUCGCUUUCUGUGCCCUCUCCCCCACCGGCGAUCUCGAUUACUCCAAACGAAUGUUGAUUUCUACCAACAACCAUAACGCGUUUUCGUGGAACAUCGUCAUUAGAGCCGCCUGCGACGGCCAUAAUCCGGCCGAAGCUUUUCUACUCUACAAACAGAUGUUGGGUGUUGGUAGUUUCAGAUCUAGGCCUGAUAACUAUACUUACCCUUUACUCUUCAAGACCUGCGCCAGGCUGUUGCUUUUCGAUGUGGGGCGUCAGGUUCUUGUCCAUGUACUCAGACUGGGCUUCAAACGCGAUUUAUUCGUGCGUAAUUCCCUAAUUCAUUUUCUUGUUACAUGUGGUGAGUUAGAUGCUGCGGGUAAAGUGUUUGAUGAAAGUCCCGUGAGGGACCUGGUUUCCUGGAACUCUCUGAUUAAUGGCUACGUGAGGUGCGGGAAAGGGAAAGAAGCUCUGAGGAUUUAUAAAAAAAUGGAGAUGGAGGGAAAAAUCGAGCCGGAUGAGGUCACCCUGAUUGGAGUUGUCACGGCGUGUGCACAGUUGGAGGAAUCCCAGCUCGGCCGAGAAUUUCACAGGUACAUAAAACAUAAAGGGCUGAAAAUGACGGUCCCGCUUGCGAAUUCCCUUCUCGAUAUGUACGUGAAGUGCGGAGAUCUUGAAGAAGCAAAGGGUUUGUUCGAGAAAAUGGAGGAGGAGAAGACUAUGGUGACCUGGACCACAAUGGUAACGGGAUAUGCCAAAUCCGGGCACUUAGACAUUGCCCGUAGAUUUUUCGACAAGAUGCCUGAGAAAGACGUGGUCCCGUGGAACGCAAUGAUUGGAGCCUACGCCCGGGCCCACCGUGCCAAGGAGGCCCUGUCCCUGUUCCACGAGAUGCAAGCGGCCCGCAUAGAGCCCGAUGAGGUCACAAUGGUCAGCUGCCUGUCCGCAUGCGCCCAGCUCGGUGCCCUUGACCUCGGGAUUUGGAUCCAUGGCUACAUACAGAAAAACAAUCUCUCCAUGAACGUCGUUCUAGGGACGGCCCUGGUUGAUAUGUACGCCAAGUGCGGAAGCAUCAGGCGGGCACUUGAGGCUUUCCACGAGAUUCCCGGCAGAAAUGCUCUGACUUACACCGCCAUAAUCUGCGGGCUGGCCCUACACGGGGAAUCAAAACGGGCCCUCUCUUACUUUACUGAGAUGAUAAAUUCGGGAUUAAUGGCGGACGAGGUGACUUACUUGGGUGUUUUAUCGGCGUGCUGCCAUGGAGGCCUGGUCGAAGAGGGUCGGAAGGUGUUUUCCCAAAUGAGCUCUAAAUACAAAGAAAUGAAACACUAUUCUUGCAUGGUGGACCUGUUUGGUCGUGCGGGCUUGUUGAAUGAAGCUGUGGAGGUCAUCGAGAGCAUGCCUAUGGAGGGAGAUGGCGUGAUAUGGGGGGCUCUGUUUUUCGCGUGCCGAAUGCACAGAAAUAUGGAGUUGGGAGAAAAGGCGGCUAAAAAGUUGCUGGAGCUGGAUGCGGGUGAUAGUGGCAUAUAUGUUUUGCUGGCGGGCAUGUACGUGGAGAGGGGCAUGUGGGAGGAGGCUGAGGAGGUGCGGAGGCUUAUGAGGGAGAGAGGGGUGGAUAAGACGCCCGGGUGCAGCUCGAUCGAGGUCGAAGGAAAUGUGCACGAGUUUGUGGUCAGGGACAGGUCGCAUCCCGAGACAAGGCGGGUGCAUGAGUGUUUGGUCCGGCUGUCAAGGCAGAUGGAGGUUUUGGAGGAUGUGUUUUUCUUGGACGAUUGA